AUGUCUCUCAGCCCUCCCAUCUACGACUCGCCCGCAGACAGGCAGCUCGCCGACCUCAAUGCCCUUCGUCGCUCCCCCGUUCGUUCCGGUGUCAUGAGUCCAGCCAGGCUAAAACUUCAACUUCUUUAUGAGCAGAGCUUCCAGGAACCGAUAAAAAAGGGUACGCUGAGACCUGCCGACCCAGCAGCCGGCGCGUUGGAAAAGGGAAAGCCGCGAUUGCUGUUGAUGGGACAGAGACGGAGCGGAAAGUCAUCCAUUUCCAGCGUGGUCUUCCACAAGCUCGCGCCUAAUGAGACGCUGUUUCUCGAAUCAACCGCGCGGAUACAAAAGGACACCAUGUCAUCCUUUAUGGACUUUCAGAUCUGGGAUUUCCCAGGCCAGAUCGAUGUCUACGAUAACCCUAGCUUCGACAUGGACGCCAUCUUUGGUGGACUCGGCGCCUUAAUCUGGGUCAUUGAUGCUCAGGACGACUAUCUCGAGGCUGUCGCCCGUCUCAACGUCACCAUUCUUGCUCUCCAGCGAUCAUAUCCCAAUAUCAACAUCGAGGUGUUUAUUCACAAAGUGGAUGGCCUAUCAGAUGAUUAUAAGCUGGAUAUCCAGAGGGACAUUACUAUUCGUAUUCAAGAUGAAUUAUCCGACCAUGGCUUCGAAAACGCCCCCGUUACUUUCCACCUUACUUCCAUCUACAACCACUCCAUCUUCGAGGCCUUUAGCAAGGUCAUCCAAAAGCUCAUCCCGCGGCUCGGAACACUCGAGUCAAUGCUCACAAAUCUUUGCCGAACAUGCCGCUUCGAAAAAGCCUACCUGUUCGACGUGCUCUCCAAGAUUUACAUUGCUACCGAUUCUGCGACGGCUGACAUGGCCAGCUACGAGAUCUGCAGCGACUACAUCGACGUCAUCAUCGACAUUACUGAAAUCUACGGCACGUGGCAGCGCAGCGACGAUGGCCGCAAACGUCUCGAGGGCGAGCCGUGGAAUGCAAAGCUGGAGGACCAGGUGGGCUGCUCGACGGCAGAGAGCUGCCUCGUCUUGCACGACAGCCACAAACCCAUUAUGCUGCGGGAGGUCGAUCGCUAUCUCGCGCUGGUGGCCAUUAUGACGGAUGACUCUUAUGAUCGGAUGCCGUUGGUGAAUAUGAAUGUCGAGGCUGUGGUGGAAGGCUUGACGGAGUUUUUUGACAUAACAAAACCAAAGAUUAAUGUUGCGGGUUAG